CCGGCGGCGGGGAGGACCCCGGCCCUAAGAUGGCGGCGCCCAGCGGAGCCACGGCCUCGGGUGAAGGCGACGGCGGCUUCGGGCCGUGGCUGGACGGACGGCUGGAGGCACUGGGGGUGGACAGGGCUGUGUACGGCGCCUAUAUCCGGGGCGUCCUGCAGGAGGACGAGGAGGAGGAGAGGCUAGACGCGCUACAGGGCAUCCUGGCCGCCUUCCUGGAAGAAGACUCACUCCUUGAUAUCUGCAGGGAGAUUGUGGAGCGGUGGUCGGAAACCCAGAAUGUUGUCACCAAAGAGAAAAAAGAAGAUGAGGUGCAAGCCAUUGCCACCCUUAUUGAGAAGCAAGCGCAGAUUGUGGUGAAGCCCAAGACGGUAUCAGAGGAGGAGAAGCAGCGGAAAGCGGCCCUAUUGGCCCAGUAUGCCAAUGUGACAGAUGAGGAGGAUGAAGCAGAUGAGAAGGAUGGUUCAGUUGCUACGACAGUGAACAUUGGGUCUGAAAAAUCUCUCUUCCGAAACACCAAUGUGGAAGAUGUCCUGAAUGCUCGAAAAUUGGAGCGAGAUUCACUGCGGGAUGAGUCUCAGAGGAAGAAGGAACAAGACAAACUACAAAGAGAAAAAGAUAAGCUGGCCAAGCAGGAGCGAAAGGAGAAGGAGAAGAAAAGGACACAGAAAGGAGAGCGAAAACGGUAACGUCUGGAUCUUCUCUUCUUCCUUAAGGACUUGAUGGACUUGAUCAAAGGAAGAACUGGGUCUUGCAUAUGGUGUGUAUUUUGGAGAAAUAAGAGAAGUCCUGGUGGUUUUCCUAAUGCAUUUCCUCCCUUGUUUACAUAGCCAAAAGAAAAAUCAGAAAUGUUUUAAUUGCAAAAUGUGCCAUGUGAUUUGUGGUGUGGGUAACGUUGGAUUGAUGUAGCCAAUGUCUGUACCAAAGAUCUGAAAAGGCGUGACUUAUUUUCAGCAAAUCAAUUCCUGUGAUCAUUUUAUUAACUACUUAAAAUGUUUGGCCUUCCCCUUCCUUUUUGGCCAGAAGACUAGCUUGGUAGCUUUUAAUCCUGGGGUAUGUAGGAUUGGAAUGGAUACUAUUCUCCUUGAUUAAAUUUAGAGUGGAAAUUUGCUUAGACAGUAGGUAGAAUGAAUGGAAAGCUCCACUUGAACCCAGAUUUUAUUUUUUUAAUAAUAUAUAGGGGCAGAAGCCUAAACCUAGGGAAGUGUGGAAGUAGUUAUGGAUGUUUUUUAAAAAAACCAGUAUGUCUAUCAUAUGUCAGUGUAAGGCCAUUUUAAUAUGUAGUUAUGGUUUUAGCUAUAACCAUGACUUUUUUCCAGUGUGAUAAUAGAAAGCUUAGUACUCUUCCAACCAUAAGACUUAUCUCAGCACAGCAUAAGUGAAAACUUCUAGGGGUUCCUAGUUUCAAAGAAUUAGAGUGGGAUGGAGAGAGAGGUCAUCUCCCUAAAGAAAAAUGCAACACAAGGACUCUCUAGCAUCUUUGGAUUAUCAGAUAAUGAGGUCAGCCUCUCCUAUUCCACCUCAUUCUUACAAAAACACUGUAGGGGAAGGGAGCGAGCCACCAGCUUAUUCAUCCAGAUUUGGGGUCUGGGAAGGUACCGAUGGCUAUUAUUGUUAAGUCUGUUUGGAUAGGUCAAGUGCCAAAAGGAGCUCUCCAUCUCUGCUUUCUUCACUGGCUAAAUUUAUUUGUAAGUAACUUCUUUCACUACAAGCAACUACUACUGACCAUAAAAUAACCUAGAGAAGGCACUUUCACUGAAUAACAUACUGAAGGUAGAUCUGUUUCAUACAAUUACAUGGGAAUAACAAAUCUUUUUACUUGUGUGCAGAUAAUAAAAUGUUUGGCUAAGGAAAAGAAAGGUUUUUCUUCUUUCUCCUCACACAUUCCUGAGCCAUAGCAUUUCAGAAAUGUAAAUGUUCACAUUUUCCACAUUUUUUUCCAAAUAAACUUCUGAUAUUUAAAUCACCA